GACACUCUUGUUCAGAAGUAUUAGAAAUUCUUCCCACUUCUGGUCAAGCUGCCUUUGCUGUUCUUGCCACUUAAAAACUUAAACAACUUGUAAGAACUGCUGUUCGUGCAAUUCUGGCUCUGCUCCUAUUUUGGGUUUGUGUAGCAAGAUUUUAUAGUGGAGGGGAGCUACAAAGGUGGCUUUUCUGAGAAGCCACUCCCUUCCUGCCUUUUCUCCUAAAGGCACAUCACAUUGCUGCCUAUUUUUUACAAAAAAUAGGUAAUUUUUAUUAAUUGUUGCCCAUGCAUGCACACAAGAUCAUUUCUCACCUCUGCAGAUUGCUGAAAUCAAGAUCUGCCCCAGGCUCACCCAUGAUGAUGUAUCUUGAUCUCACAUUACCUGGAAUUUUCGUUUCUUUCAGCAUGCUUCUUUGACUGAGACCUUGCAGUCAUGGCAACAGCCCUCAAGGCCUCUCCUACUGCACCAAAGUCAAAAGGUCAGAAGGAACUUUCUGGUAAAAAAAGCAAGGAGAUCAGUGAACUGGUUGGUUUUCAACUGCAGGACUGUUGUCUUUCUAAGCAGAUUGCUCCCAAGCAAAGGAAAAACACAGUCAAGUGAGGAAGAGAGCAUUUUCCAGUUGCUUCACUAACACAACCAAAGCCUAAUGAAUUGCCAUACGUUGGCCUGUUUUCCCAGAGUGCCUAACAGCUAUCAGCAGCACAGCUGGAUUGCUAAAUCCUGAGUAUUUUCAUUCCUUGUGACAAUCUUGUUGAGAGGAACUUUACAUCUCUGCAGAACUCUGGCCAAAGGUGCUUUGCUCUAUUUGUUCUUUUUGCUGCCCUGCUUCCAAUCUGCCCAUCCUGUAGUUUUCUAUAACGUUGAAAUCUCCGUACUGUCCCUUCAGUAAGACUGCAAGAUGAAAGAGAAGAAAAACUGGCAACAGCCCUAGUUGAACAGAAUGGGGAACUGGCUGCUGUGGCAUGUUUAGCUGCAUGAGGGGAGGAACAGCUGUUUAGGUCUUUUUUGCUCUUAGUCAGAAUGCUGUCUAUAAAACUGAUCAUCUUUGCAUGAGGCCUAAGAUUCUGUAUUCUGAAUGCAGAGAGGCAGUUGUUGUGGCAAGAGCUGUUACAGUACAGCCUGUGAGCCACAGUCUGUCUUUGGUAGAAGGAUUUCUGUGCUAGACCUGCCCCAUUCCAAGAAGCAUGGCAGGCAUCCUAAGGAGCUCCUGUCCCAGUUUAGUGAUGGAUCAGCCACUUCCUUCAUCCUGUCUCUACCCAAUUGUAAAGAGCAGGGCAUUCACAACAGUGUGGUAUUUGUCCUCUGAUUGAAGGCUACCAAGUUGUUGACUAAUACGUAGCACCGGGAUUUUCCUACUUGGUGCUGUUUCCCCAGCUCUUAGAAAUGGGGAAAUUCACUAUAAGCUGAAAGGUUUGAGGUUGACUGCUUCUCCCCAGCUCAGCUUCUGCUGGUUUCACUUGCAAUGAGCCACCCACACAGCAGCAAAAAUUACGAUGAAGUGAGAAAGCACUGGACGGCAUUCUGGGGGUAGAAUUUCCACGCCUGGGUCAGCCUUAUAACCAGUCCCCAGUUCUUGUUUUGACACCCUAGGGAGUUUCUGUGAGAACCAGAUGUGUGUUGGCCGUGGAGCCAGUGCCUGUGGUAAACAGCCAGCUGAGGUCUGGAGGAGGUGGCUUGUACUGUGCUGCAAGUGCUGACCAGUGCUCAUGUCUGGCAGGCCCUGGGCUUGAAGAUUGUGCAGGGCAGUUCACUGCUGCCGGGUCUUCCCCCUCCACUGCCUGGCUGAGGUGCUUCAGAAGCACAUAGCAUGCUCCUCCACAACAUGACCGGGGGCAAUGAAGCCAUGAAAUGCCUUGUUUCCUCUACUAUAGCAAGAAUUAGGAUACACAGUUUGGCCUGUGCUGACUAUUUCAUGGCCUCAUUCUGAGUUAUGCUGGGCCCCUGCAACAGACACUCUUGUUCAGAAGUGUUAGGAAUUCUUCCCACUUCUGGUCAAGCUGCCUUUGCUGUUCUUACAACUUAAAAACCUCUGGCUCUGCUCCUGUAUUGGCUUUGUGUAGCAAGAUUUUAUAGUGGAAGGGGGGCUUUUCUGAGAAGCCACUCCCUUCCUGCCUUUUCUCCUAAAGGCACGUCACUUGCUGCCAGUGACGUGAGAAGUCACCAAAUGUGUUAGGACUGCAUGUUCUGUGGUUUACAGAUGCAGCUGGCUACCCCCCUGCAGCUUGCUGUGUCAGGCCUUUGCUUUGCACAUGCUGCCACAGCCGAGGUUGAAGACAGCUGGUGUGUUUUUCACCCUGUGACAGGUGCCAGAAAGUGCUUAAGGCACACUCCAUUGCUGCACCAGCCCCAAGUGUGGAAGAGCUGCAGCCAGGCAGGAUAGGUGGGACAUGCUGAUUUUUGACAGCUGUGGUAAAACAGAACUCCAUGAGAUACAGAUGAGGAUCUUGCCAUAAACAACUGUGUGCCAGGAGUAGAGUUCUGGUCUUGGUGCAUCCCCAAUUGCAGAGAUCUGGGACAAGCUGAUCAAUGUUGCCUUAAGAGGGUCAGUUUCUGCCAACCUGCGUGGAAGGAGCAGGGAGUUCUGCCAGCACUGCCAGCUCAGCAUGUGUUGGGUGAUUUCCUAAGAGAAGAUACAAGCCUCUGUGCAAUCUCCUCCAUGCAAGCAAGACAUACAUGGCCACAGCUCUGGGAAGGACAUCCAGUGAGAACCACCAUGAAGAACAAACUGUGGCUCCAGAAUAUUUUCAUCUGCCUUUUAUUCCAGCACACUAUGUGUUGUGAAAGCCUCACUUGUUUUGUGGACUAUGUACAGACCCUGUCCUGUAUCCUGCGAGAUGAGUUGGGUGCUGGUUCAUACAAUCUCACUGCUACAUGGGUUCCUGAGGAAGAUCCAGAAAAUACUGUGGCUGCUUGCAGUCUCGUGCAAUUGUCAAGAAACACCAGUCACACGCAGUACAUGUGCACUGUGGACAUGACUGAACUCCUAGCAGAUACCAAAGUCCAGGUGGAUGUUACAGAGAUAGCUGAUAGGCAGCACAUGCUUUCCAAAGAAUUUUAUUUGUCAGACAACAUAAAACCACAGCCUCCAUUCAACCUGACCGCUUUGUUCUCAGAGGGUUACAAUAUUUCUUGGGAAACCAUCUACCAGAACUCUUCCUUCUACUUUUUGAAUGGGGAACUAGAAUAUCAGCUGCGUUACAAAAGAAGAACUGACACCUGGGAGACUCAGAAGACUAAAGCUGUUCAUGAAGAUAAACGGACAUUGGUGAUCCUGCCAUGGGAACUACAGGCAGACACUGAGUACGAGUUCCAAGUGAGAGCUAGACCCCGGGAAGACAGUGGCUAUGGUGGCUUUUGGAGUGAAUGGAGUUCUCUGCUGUCAUUGAAAACCAGCCCUGCCGCAGUGACACAGAGAGCAGGCAUGGAAUGGCUGUUGUUGUUUGGUAUUGUCGUGGCAAUCAUGGCUUCAAUCACAACAUUUCUGGCCAAACAGCAGAGCUUGUGGAAGAAGAUGGCUUGCAUCCCAGACCCUGCUCCCUUUUUCAAACCUCUUUACAUGGCUCAUAAUGGAGAUUUUAAGAAGUGGGUUGGUGCAUCCCAUAUGAAAAUGACCUUUGAUUUCUUUGAAUGGGGAAUAGUCCUUCCAGAAGUCCUAGAAGUUUACACCAUGCAUCCUUCCAACAGCAUCCCACAGGAAGAGCUGCAUGAGCUAAGAAAGAAUCUGCCUUGCAAGCCCUGUGUGUCUUGCCUGACUACCCCAGGUCAUGGUAGCCAGUCACUGUGGUGCAGUGUAAACAGUAGUGGUGGGACUGAGGAUCAGUCAUAUGGGCACUUGUCAAUUGAUACAGUGACUGUGGCUGAUGAAUUUACAUCUUGUAACUGCCAGUGCAGCUGUAAUCAUGUGUACAGGGAACAUGACCAUACCAACAAGGAAGAUGAUAGUGCUGGAGAACCCGGUUACCCCAAGGUUAACCUUGAUGAGGAAGACAGAAAGAUAUCCAGUGAUUUGCAUUUGGCUGAUCUGAGUACACAGGACAAAAUACUUGCUUCAGGCUCUGUGUCCACAGACCACUUGAGGAGCACAAGUGUCCCAGUCAACCAGCAAGGAGAAAGGGGAGUGGAAGGAGGGGUGGGGAGCAUCCUAGAAGCCCUUUGCUUGCAGCCAUAUCAGUGGGAUUUGGAAAAUCCAGGUUCUCUACCUUCUCCUGAUGGUGAAAGUGUUUCCUACAGUGAAGGCUCCUAUGACUUCUUCCCUCACAAUACAAAGCCUGGUGACAGUUAUCCUUUGAUCUGUAUAGAUUUGGACACUAUUGACAGUGGUUUUGUGGACUCAGACUGUGGAAGUCCAGUUGACUCUGAAUUUGGGCAAAACAGUCAGACCAUUUGUGGGUCCAUCCCUCUUGAGCAAGACGGGCAAGACCUCACACGGAGCUACGUCAAGCAGUGGGUCUCGUGCCGCUCUGAGAGCCCCAUCAGUGGGACACAGACAAACUAAGGACUGGAUGAGUGUGGGACCUUUUUCAUAGUGUGCCAGGAGCAAACUGCUAGCAAAAUUCAGAAGAGAAACAAAGUUUACUUUGUGUAAGCUCUAUUGCAUAAAUUGACACCUGUUAGGUCCACAGAAAUAUACCUGUUUCUAUUCCCACUUAUCCUAUUAAUGUCUCAAAUUUGUUGUGAUUGAUUGUUCCUGAGUUUUGUUGGGUUUUGGUUUUUUUUAGAAUCAUAGAUCAAGCCUCCCUUGAUGUCAAAAAAAAAGUUAGAAAAAAGCAACUGUACCUUGAAAAUGAUCCUUUGGCUUAUAUAAAUAUGAAAAAUUUUUUGCAGUAAUCUUAUAAAGAGUACAGAACUUUAUUUUCCCUGGUAUUCUCACAUGACUUAAGAGUUUGGCUGCACGUGGAACCUUAGAAUCAUAACCCAUGGCAAGCAUGUUUGCUACGUUAAAGUUCCCCUACCUUUCCAAACAACAUGUGAUGUUACUUUUCCUUCUACUAUCUUUGGCUCUUUAAACUCAGCUCUAAUAGUCUGUUAAUGACAGACUGGCUCCAGACCAGUCCAUGGGGAUCAAAACUAAUUCUUACGAAAUCAUUGCAGAAAUGUGUGUACUAGAGACUAAGCACAACUCAGGUUUCAGAAAGGUUUUCCAGGCAGAGU